GGGGCUUAGAAUCUACUAAACAACUCCCGUAGGAGUUUUCCAAAUUCUUGGCUAAUAUUCUCCAUUUUAUGCUUAAAUAAACGAGGCGUGAAAUUUAAAUUGAGAAUAAAUAAAGUGAAAGUAAUCCAAUUGGUUAAUUUUGCACCGAAAAGGGUGUUAACAGUUUUAUUUGGGGACUUUUAUUUUUUGACAUACUUGAGAAGUGUCGUUGAUUACCAAGUGCGCAACGGUCAUUGUGUUAAGUGAAAAUUUUGACAUUCGUAACCAAACAAAUGAUUAUAACGUUAGAGAAAAAGUUAUUACUAAAGAAGAGGUCUUUUGUUCAAUUUGUGAGGGGUACCUUGUAAAGAUGCGGAUUUAACGUUUUCCUUUAAUUAAUUUGUUGCUGAGCCUUAAAACAAAAAUGGAUCAGAAAUAACCUUACAAUAAUAUGAUAGUUCUGCCAAUGUCGAUUCUUAAUAUUCCUGCGAAGAAUCUAUAUUGGCUUUAAUCGCCAAGAUGAAAAUCGACCGUACUCGUUUGAGAAAGGGCACCUCCGAAAUUCCGGCGGAGUGUCAUGCCCUAAUAGAACGGCUUCGUCAGUGCUCUCGUUCUACUCUGCUGGAGGAACUUUCGAAGAUAAGUACGUGGACUUUUGGAAAAUGUGAACUUUACCACUGGAUCGGGGUUCUCGACGUUUUCGAUUCCAUUUUGGAGGAAGCCACCCAAAGUGCCCCCGGCCUUAAAUGGGCUUUAAAUUGUGAUACUUGCUAUGACGCUUCGGAUAAGAAAUUGCUGUUAUGGACUUUACAUUUUACCACUCUCCUCAUCGAACAUUCUUUUUCUCGUCACCUGUACAACUCCAUGGAGCACCUUCUCACGUUGAUGAGUUCUAGCGAUAUGAAUGUAGUUCUGGCUGUCCUGAAUUUGCUGUAUAUGUUUUCGAAGCGUAGUAAUUUCAUAACACGUCUCGCCAACGAAAAACGUCAAGCUUUAUUAUCACGUCUGCACUACUUGGCCGAGAGCUGGGGUGGAAAAGAGAACGGUUUCGGUUUAGCCGAAUGUUGUAUAUCUCACCUUCCGAUUCCUCAUUCGGCGACCACGCUCCAUUUUGAGUUCCACAAGGACCAUUCUACGGACAAGGAAAAUAAGGAACUGAAAGAGACCAAGUUAAAGAAAAGUUCUAGCUAUAUUCAUAUAGAGAAUGUCGACAAAUUAAACAAAACUCCAGCAGAAAUAAUGAAGGGAUUAGUACAUUUAUAUUUUAUACCGCCCGAUAAAGAGAUGUGGCUAUUCACACAUGUACGGUUAGCGCACCAUUUUGCAGAAUAUAAGACUCGAUUGCUAUGUGUUCAGGCACGUCUACAGGCACUGUCUGUAUUGGUGUACUCGAACGCCUUGCAAGAUUCUGCUCACACUCUUUUAUAUAACGGUUUUUUGGAGGAAUUAGUCGAAUUGAUAGAGCUCGAUAAUCCGGAGAUGGUCGAUAUUCGAUCUGCAGCCCUGAGGACGUUGACGUCAAUCAUACAUUUAGAUAGGAAUCCGCAUUUUCCAAAGAAAUCGGGUUCUCGACUAGCCAAUAUAAUAGAUGUAACGGGUGCUAAUCAGUAUCACGGUUUUCUACCGACGUUAGUGCGCCAUUGUAUUAUUUCGCUAACGCGGCAGACCGUUGUCAAAAGUGAACCAUUAGCUUUGGCAUCGACGAGCGAGGAAGAUAAAUCCGCGGAUUUAGAUAUGCCACAAAGUGGGGACAUCGGUUCGAAGUUUCCAUUGCCAUUAGCCACCGCGCUGUUCUCUUUUUUAUAUCAUCUUGCCAGUUACGAAGCAGGUGGGGAGGCUUUGGUGUCGUGCGGGAUGAUGGAAUCUCUCCUUCAGGUCAUUAAUUGGAAUGGGGUUGAGCUUGAACACAUUACGUUUGUAACUCGCGCCGUAAGGGUGAUCGAUCUAAUUACAAAUAUGGACAUGCAAGUGUUCCAUAAUCAUGGAGGACUUCAAAGUUUUAUUAAUCGUUUAGACGUGGAAGUUCAACUGUGUCGACCCGAACAAAUCUACGAAUUUAAACCUAUAGCUUCGAUUGAUCUUACCAUUUCCGAUGUGGACGAGGAUUUUAUAAGUAAUUACGAGUGUCAAAGCAAUACCUCCAACUUGGGAAAAACUUGCCUUCCUCAACGUGCCGCCUUAUUGAAAUCAAUGUUGAACUUCCUAAAGAAGGCGUUGCAGGAUACCAUGUUUUCUGAUAAUGUCCGCCAUGUUAUGGAAGGAAUUUUACCUUCCGCACUAAAACACAUCAUCGCUAAUGCGGAAUACUACGGACCAUCCCUGUUUUUGUUGGCGACGGAUCUCGUUACGGUGUACGUCUUUCAAGAACCGACCUUACUGUCCACGUUACAAGAUAACGGACUCACCGACGUAAUACUGCAUGCCUUAUUAAUUAAAGACGUUCCUGCUACCAGAGAAGUAUUAGGUUCUUUGCCUAACGUAUUUAGCGCCUUAUGUUUGAACGCGAGAGGUUUACAGUCAUUUGUCAAGUGCAAACCUUUCGAUCGACUAUUUAAGGUGUUAGUCUCGCCUCAUUACCUAUCCGCAAUGCGCCGUAGGCGUAGUUCUGACCCAAUAGGAGACACAGCCUCAAACUUGGGAAACGCAAUGGACGAGUUAAUGCGCCAUCAGCCGAGUCUGAAGGCAGAUGCGAUAGCCGCCAUUGUGAAGCUUCUACACGAAUUAUGCCAGCUAGGUACAGAUUCGAAGUACAUUUGUUGGCGACCACAUAGUAAAUCGGAGUCGUCUCCUGUAACGGUGCGAACACCUAUUAAUAAUGAAGGCUCCUCUGACGAAGAAGACGAUGACGAGGAAGAGGCGUCCACUUCAUCUCACAAUGCACAAAACGAGUCUCAAGAGUCAUCAACGAACGGUGCGAAUGAAAAAACGCCAAUCGCACUCGUCGAUUAUAUUCUCAACAUCAUGAAAUUCAUUGAUGCGAUUUUAAGUAAUAAUUCGACCGACGAUCAUUGUAGAGAGUUUGUUAACCAGAGCGGUCUGCAGCCGUUACUAAAAAUUCUGGGAUUGCCCAAUUUGCCUGUCGACUGUCCCGUAACAAUUUCCGCUCAAGCUGUCGCGUCCGUGUGCAAGAGCAUACUGAAUUUGGCGCACGAGCCUUUAGUUUUGAAAUACGGAUUGGUGCAAUUAAACGACGUGUUACGAAGACUCAAACCCUUAUAUUCAGAUUUGGAUACCAGUAGUAGUUCGAGGUUACUUCACGAAUUGGCGCACGCGCCUCACUUAGAAACUGCAUUCAAUAAUGCAAACGCGACACCUUUAUUACACGCUAUGGCGGCGGCGCAUGGAUAUGUCCUGAUGUUUGUGCAUGUCUGUCGAACGGGACAAAGCGAAAUUAGGACUUUGUCGUUACAACAUUGGGGUUCGGAGCCUGGCCUUGCUGUACUCAAAAAUUUAGCGGAAUUGUACACGUCGCUUGUGUGGGAAAGUACUCUUCUGCUUGCUUUAUGUAGCGAUGACGCUAUACCAGUUGAUUGCGAUUUUGGGCGAGAAGAUAUGGAACGGCUAAAUAUACCUGUAUUUGAUAGGGCCGAUUGCAGUUAUUCUGUUACUGAUUCAACAGCCAAUGUCGCUUCCGCCUUGGAGGGUCUGUCUACAAACCCAACCCAGAUCCAAACAAUGGACAUCGAUGGGGAACAAAUAACAUCGAAACCGACUAGUCAACAACUCAAAUAUAUCAAACCCUUACUUGGUGCGUCAUCACGAUUAGGCCGCGCCCUCGCAGAGUUAUUUGGUUUGUUGGUCAAGCUUUGUGUGGGUACACCAGUACGUCAAAGACGCGGACAAAAUAUAGUUUCUACACCGCUCUUUCCGACACCGAAUGCGCGUGCUGUUGCAACAGCAUUGAACUAUCUCCUAGCGAACGGAUUAAACUCCGCUAAACUUCCCCAAAGUCCCGUUCCUAAGUUCAAGUUAACCUUCCUAAUUUGUAGCGUUGGCUUCACUAGUCCCAUGUUGUUCGAUGAAAAACGCUAUCCCUACCAUUUAAUGCUUCAAAAAUUUGUUUCGCUAGGAGGUCAAACUACGUUUUUUAAUACGUUCAAAUGGGCGCUUAGUGCCGGAAACACCAUUAAGUUGAGCGAAGGCCUGGAACAUCCCGAUUUACCAGAAGGCACUGGAGAAUUCUUGGACGCAUGGUUGAUGCUCUUAGAAAAGAUGGUCAACCCGAAAGCAAUUCUUGAUACUCCCCACUCGCUGACGACUAGAACUGGAUCUACAUCGGCAUCAGCUAGAAAGCUGCUCGCGUUUAGCCCGCUGAGGUAUCUAAUACAGAUUCACAAAUUAGCAUUCGAGGCAAUUAUGUUUAUGUGGGGUAAAAAACCUUUACCCACUUAUGGGGUGCGAAUGAGCGAAUCUAUGUUAUCUAUCUUAAAACACAUACUGAGGGGGGAGAAAAUUAUCAAGGAAAAACUUGCCAAAGGGGACGAUAAACCAGCCGCGUCGAAUGGCAGUCGUGCGGAAAGUGAUGUGAAUCAAGAAAACUUAAGGCAGCUUAUGGAUAUGGGUUUUUCGCGCGACCACGCGUUGGAAGCCUUAAUCCAUACUUUGAAUGUUGAACAGGCCACCGAUUAUUUACUAUCGAAUCCUUCGAAUCGUGCAGGUACCUCUGGCAUGGAUACUGACUUUACGGAAGAUGAUCAAGUUAUUCAAGCAAUAGCUUUGUCAUUAGGCGAACCUGGGCCCUCUGUUGAACGAAAGAAGGAAGACAUAGAAGAGGAUACGUCUCCCCUGUCAGAAGACUUAAUAAAUAAUUUCACCAAAGACGCUCUUGAAAUUUGCCUACAGCUAAUUGAGGCAAUUCCAGAAACUGUACACAAAGUUUGCGAGUUGUUAGGCACUAUUAUGAAACGGAACGGCCCAACGUUCAGAGAUGACCUGCUAGAUAAACUACUUUCUACUAUACGUUCAAGUUCAAUGCAAAUAUUUCAUCGCUAUAAGUAUAGACCUGCAGUGCUAGAGGUGCACUUGGAAUUAUGCGAAUCGAGAGAAUCUCUAUGUCUCGGGCAUCUUAUUCAUUUAUUUGCGCUUUUUUUCGAAGUUCCAUCGUUUAUUGAUAUGCGGAUACCAUGCGGAUUGGCAGUGCAUCGUGCAAAAUUGGUACCCGAAUUUUUUAAUUUAUUGUCACUGGCGGAAAGAUUGAUGCAACACGGCGCUGCGUCCGCGAAAGAACCAAAAUGGCUGACACCUUUACUACUUCUCUUAGACUCGUUGGCUAAAGUGGGAGUGUGUACCCAUCGGAAACGUAAUAUGCAUGCGGUUACAAAUCGAGUUUGGAGAUGGUAUGAUGUGGUAACAGGUAAAUGGACACCUUAUUCCACAACGAACAAUAAAUUGAUCAAUGAGGCGUAUUGGAAUGGCGAGCAAAGCAUUAGGGUCACUUGUGGCCGUCGUCGGUACACCAUAACGUUUUGCAAUAUGUUACAAUGCAACGAUGAGACUGGAAAUAGUAGACCUAUAUCCAUGACUCCCCUUUGUUUGGAGCACGAAGAUAUGUUUACGGACUGUGUUGAAUCCGGAGAUGAAUGUGCAACCUUUGAGGUUGUCUUAUCUGAGAAAGAAUCGAAAAGAUGUUUGCCCGUACCUGUUCUUACCGACCGACUGUCUUCAGAGAUCGUUCAGACCAUCGUUCGAAUGUUGCACUACCCAAUCGAAAAAGAUCUCGUUCACGCGAUUAUGAGACUUUGCUUACGUCUCACUAGAAAUUACGACACCGCGAAAACCUUCGCUAAUGGCGGCGGCAUUAGGGCUUUAUUAAAGAUGCGUCAAACUUCGUCGUUUAACGGAUACAGUUCCUUGGCUACCAUACUGAUUCGUCACGCUUUGGAAGAGCCCCAAACCUUAGCCCAUUCUAUAGAAAAGGUCAUCAGAGGGCGUAUGAUGCCGUCCAUUCCGCCACCGUACAGGGAACUUAUAUACCUGACCCGGCAAAUUGGUAGUGCCGUCUCUCGAGCUCCGGACACUUUUUACGAUGUCGCCAAGUCGAUACUUCGAGUCGAUUGCAGUAUUUUUAGAAGACCAGAAGAUUUGGACAGUCGACUGCCAUUGAAAGCGGAACCGACGACGCGUACUCACGCGCCUCAAAUGGAGGAGGACUCAUCGAUCACGGUCAUUCACGAUCUAUUGCACGCUUUACUAAAGCCCCUGGAGUGGGGCGCUCCCGAGAAUGUCGCCGAAGUCAAUUCCCCAAAACCGUCGAGUAGUGCCACUACAACGCGCGAGCCAAUGUUUCAAAGAGCUAGCGAUUUGUUGGGUAACAGUACGGCGUCUAAUGAAAUUUUGAAUAUGGAAGCUCAGGAUGAUUCUUCGGUUGCCCCGAUUAUGCUGGUUCACGUGACACGGAAUCCGGGCGAAGCGGUAAUGGAUACUAGACCAGAACAAGAAUUAGUAACGCGGCCUAUGAUAGCGAAACAUUCUAUAUUAAAAAUUCUGGCCGAUGCUGUGGUCUCUUAUGGGGCUGUGGCUAAGCUCAUAACCGAUUUCACAUAUAAAAGUGGCGACGGGGAUAUUGUUACCGAGGAUUGUUCAGCUCUAGCUUUUAUGUUUGAUAAGCUGUUGCCUAUCACGGAAAAUAUCUCUGAUCGCGAAUGUUCUAUGAUGUGCCGUGUGCUGAUUGCAGCAAUUUCGUCCUGUAAUCAUUGUCCUGAGGCUCAGUCAACAUUAGUUAAUGAAGUGAAAUCUGCUUUAGUGCGAGCACUCUUAAUGCCCGAAUGUUUUGAGAAACAUAGCCAAAUCCAGUUGAUAACUGGUAUAAUAACAACAAUGAUAGAAAAUUGUCCACCGUCGAAUCAGCUGAGAGUGUUCAAAAAUCAGCCAAUGAAUGGUCAAAUCAAUAAUAUUGUUAAGCUCAUGCUACGUAAAGGCAUAUUUAAUGAUUUGGCGAGGAUAUCCCACUACAUGGACUUGUCCAGUCCACAUUUUCCGCUAACCGUCAACUCAUCGUUAAAACCCAUGGAAUCUUUGUCCCGAAUUGUAAACCAACCAAUUACAGGAAGUAACAGCAAUCGAAUGAACAAAAAAGCUCAACAAAAUAAUUUAGACGAUACUGGAGCUACUCAGAGCGGAACAACUUCAACCGAAGCUACUAAUGCCCAGGGCGAAGAGACUAUCGAGGAUGCAGAAAAUACCGAACACGAUAUAUCUGCUGUUGCCUCCAGUCUGGAAGCCAAUCCGGAAGUGUCCGUGGCGCAUGGCGAAGCGGACAAUGUUCUGGAACACAUUAUGGAUCAGCUACUCGAACGUGGCAAUAAUGAUUCAAACCGAACUUACACAGAUGUCGCCUCAGGUCGUAAUCAUCACGCUAUGGACAUUGACGACGAUGGAAAUCUGGGAUUUGAUCACGAACCCGAUGCCACUGAGGAAUUAAUGAGCACGGAUUCUGGAGAUUCUGACUCGAAUGCUUCUGAUCAGGAAGUGGAAGAUGAUGAUAACGAUGAUGACGAGGACGAGGGUGAAAACAUUGAAAUAACUUACGAAGAUGAUGACGACGAUGUGAACAAUGAAGUUUCAAACGCAGAUCGCGAGGAAGACAUUUUGAUGAUUCAGUAUGCUGACCACGAAUUGGACGAGGCAUUGCCGCGAAUGGUACGUUGGAACGAAAACGGAUUUGCUAUUCCAUUAUUUGAUGACUUAAAUCACACCAACGAGCAGACGGCACCCACGAGUCACCCACUUCUAAUGUCACGCCACAAUAGCGAAAAUGGCAGCGCCGUAACUACGCGCACGCAGAGAACAAAUCGCGCCCGUCGUUAUCAAUACCUUCAGUUAAAUCCACGUAACACGAACCCACCAGUGAUUUUGCAUCGAUUAUUAGGUCCAGUCGCGCAAAAUCUCUCUUUAAGUACAAACGAAAUCAUGGGCUCGCCUAGCAGCCGCGAUACAGCCCGUGUUGUAGUGAUGGACAAUUUCGGAUUGAUACCGACAAACGAAGAGCAGAUUGAUUUCGUUGAUCCAUCCGGUUACUUAUUUGGCCCUAGUUUAGCUGCCACCUUAAGUCACGUGCCAUCCGUACUCCACUGGUGGAAUGAGGAAUCAAAAUUGUUAGAUCCCGAGUCGCACGAUAUCGCGCUGUACGUUUCGAACAAGUUAAUUCCUCUUCUGAUCACCCGUCGAAAUAAAGAACUGAUCGAACACAAAAAGAAGAAGGACGAGGAAGAAAAGUCCAAAAGUAAGGCACCCGAAGAAUCUGAAAAUCACGAGAGCGACGUAGAGACCAUAGGACCUCGUUCGGAGAGUACCUCUACUAACGAUGUAGAGAUUAUCGAAACUAAUGAUCCGAAUGAACUUUUAGAAAGAUACGAAAGAGUGGAAGCCGAAAGCGAACUGUCGGAAACGCUUCAAGAUGAUGCCUCAGAUUCGUUCUCAGACUACUUUCGCCCCUCGCCGAACUCCGAAUUAUUUGACAUCUUAUCUGGAGGCAAUGCCGAAACUAAUAGGUCAUCCACCGAUCAAAACUUACAUUUGCUAGCAUUGGCAGCUUCAAGUAAUUACGACGGACAACCUUUCCAGGAGAAUGUUGGGCAACCUUUGAAUCCUUCCCAGAAUGAACAGGGAAGUGAAUCGAUCACAAUUCCAAACUCCACUAAUGAUUUCACGUACCCCUUCAAUGAGGGAUCUGAAGAACACCCUUUAGAUACUUUAUCAGAGGUGGAGCGUGUAGCUUCGGAGGGAAUUUCUGGAAGACAUUUACAAGACAUGGGGAAUACAAAUUACCAGUAUGGUACAGAACCAUUUGAAGAGCCUUCGGAUUUGCAAUUCAACCCGUUUGUUGAUAUGCCUUCAUUUCCUUCUACAAAUGAACCUCAACAACCAUUUUCUCAACCAUAUCCUCAGCCAUAUCCCCAACAGUUUUCGCCUAGAUUUCCACAAUUUCCAACACCCGCAUUACCCCAACCGUUACCGCAAAGAUUUUCAAGGCGCCGGAUUCCUCCAAUGUUUCCCCUACCUUCCUCGCCGCAGCAAGUACCCCCACAGUUACCUCAAACGUUAUCUCAAAUGUUACCUCCUUUACAGCCAUUACCACCAUUACCCCCACCUCUACAGCCACUACCACCAUUACCCCCACCUCUACAGCCACUGCCGCCAUUACCUCCGCCUCUACCCCAGACCUCCCAACCUUAUCAGCGGCCAUUACAGCGAUUAUCGCAGCGAAUAGCCCAAAUUUUUCCUCCAUUACCCCAACCCAUACCACAACAAUUACCUCAAACCUUACCACCACCAUCACCUCAAACAAUAUCCCAACCUUCUUCACAACCUGUAACCCAACCAUUGAAUCAACCAUUCCCCCAACGGUUGCAGGAAAAUUAUGUUUUUACGCCACCAACUUCGUCCGUAUCUAGUCGUCCGCCUUCAAUAAUGGCUGAGCCAAUGAAUGCGGGAUUGUUUAGUUCAAAUACAGAUGCAAAUUAUUCACCUCAUUAUGGUAUUAUUAACGAAUUUGUUCCUCUGACGCCUGAACCUGUUCUGCAACCUGCGGCACAUCCACCUAUGCUCCAGAAUGUAACCCCCAGACCUGUCUUGUGUCCAUAUGGUGUGCCAGUAUUAGAUCAAAUUCAACAUUCGUCUCCUGUACCUCUUCCUAACUGUUAUGUAGGGCAUGAGCCACUAUCACCGGCCGGCCAUAUUCCUUGUCCAAUGCACGCAUUGCCUCCACCUGGCACGCACGGACAACCGCAAUAUAUGAAUCCGUCGGUUCCUCCUGCUCAUGCUUCAGGAUAUCAAGGUCCUAUUCCUGCGACAUUUAGCACUACACAUUUGCCGAUGUUUCCACCACCACUGCCGGUUGAACAAUCACUUCCCGAAAAUUUGUCCCAAAUUCCUCAUCAAUUGAUAGAUGGUACUUCGGGACAGCAUCCAACAAAUCAAGAAACUAUCGAAGCGACACCUACAUUUCAAUCAUUUCUGGAGCUUGAAGAUAAUCGUUACACUGAAGGACAAAAUGCCCCAUCCUCUGAUGUAAUUCAAAUAAAUAGUAGCACGGAGUCGUCGGAUGAUAUUCCCGAAGGAGUCGACCCCUCAUUUUUAGAAGCUUUACCAUUAGAAAUGCGCAGAGAGGUACUCGAACAAUAUAGAAUGUUGCACUCUCAACAUAAUCGUCCAUCUAGUUCCGGUACGGCAGUCGACGAGACUGCUGGCGCAUCCAGUUCUUCGGAGGUCAACCCCGAAUUCUUAGCAGCUUUACCACCUGCACUUCAAGAGGAGGUGUUAACCCAACAGAGAUUGGAACAACAACGGCACGCCGCGGCUCACGCGAAUCCUGAUGAACCCGUUGAUGCAGGUGCAUUCUUUGAGACGCUACAGCCAUCUCUACGUACGAUGAUUCUUUCCGACAUGGAAGACUCGCAGAUGUCCGCCUUACCACCAGAUCUCGCAGCUGAAGCUCAAACUUUACGUCGAGAUUGGGAGGCUCGCAAUCGUCAAAUCGUUCAGGAAAGGAUCUUCCAAAGUAAUCUCACAACCAUAAUACGCCAUUCGACUAGGGGCCGUCUUUCGUCGCGACUUAACACCCACCUACUCCCACAACGCGCCCAGUGGGGAACUUGGGGCAGAGCUGAGCUUUUCCCUCCCGCUCCCAGCGCAAAUCCGGGAAUGAGGAUGCGAGGCAGACAGUUGCUAGAUCACGAAUCUUUAUCGUGUUUGUUAGUUUUAAUAUUUGCGAAUGAUCCCAAACUGAACACUCUCCGUUUACAUCGUGUCAUUCGAAAUCUUUGUUACCAUAGUCCGACGCGCGAAUGGAUUAUUAAGGCGCUGCUAUCGAUAAUUGACAAAAGUGUUCAGUGCAAACCUGAUGAUAACUCUCUCAGGCCCAUGAGGCGAACACCUAAGCCCGGACCUUUAACGAGUAAGUUAAUAACAGAUUUGAAAAAUGUCGGUAACGGAGCAAAUUGGCUGAAUAUUCGCAUGGAAGCUGCCCUUGGAUGCCACGCGAAUGUAUUUAUGGUUAACCGGGCAUCCGGUAAACGAAGUGACAGAGUAAACGGAUCCUCCAUUGUUAUACAUCCUCAAGCUGGUCCUAUCGUUUGUAAAAAUGCUUUGGAUUUAUUUAUAUCUUUGUCUAAAAACUUCCCUUCUUGUCUUUUGCCGUUACGGAUCAGGGAAGAUAAGGAGGAGCGAGAGGAGAGAGCCAAAAAUAUGCUAGUACUUUCUCCAUCCAAGUACAAAAUUGAGGGCACAGACUUCUGGGACAUGCUACUUAAAUUAGAUUCGACGAGUUCUAAAAAAGGAAAAAGCUUAGCUAAAACGCAUAGUAAUUUCAGUUUAAGUAAUGACGUUGAAAGUAUUUGUUUCGGGUUCGAACAGUCACCUUUCGGUCAACUACUGUGUAUGUUAUCAUCUCCUGUCAUAUAUCGAAGCACACAACUUACCGAUAAAUUGCUACGCUUACUAUCUGUGAUAACUGCGGGAAUGCCUGAACUAGGAAAAAAUUCUACAUCCGACACACAACAAGGUAAACCAAAGACCCCAAUAUACGAAAGUGUUUCGGCACCCGAAAGUGCACUUAGUUUGGCUGUCAAUGUUCUUACGUACAAAAGUUGUUCCGAAGAGGGAUUGGAAGAUGCCACCACUCUACUUUUAAAUUUAGCGAAUUGUUCUGUCGAUAUGCGCUAUGUCAUCCUUAAACUUUUGUUAAGUGGAGCAUUACGCAUCGGAGAAGUUGUCAGAGAACAGAUUCAGUGUAUGUUACGCGAGUUACGAAACUUAAAUAAAGUACAAAAAAGGAAAACGCUUGAAGAAGCAAGUCCAAGUUCCUCAAAAGGAAUGAUGCAAAACAGAUUUACCAAAGAAACAGUAAUUAUCACAGCUUCCACCAAAGUUAAGGCAGGUUACGACUUGCAGUUGCCGUGUAUGGCUCCACUUACGUCCAAAACAUCUAGCCAAUUGUUCUUUUUACGAGUCCUACGCGUUAUUGUUCAAAUCCGUGAAGCCAUUAAGAAUGGUUUACUAAAAGUAGAAGAAGAAGAAAAGAAGAAAAAUGAGGAGAAAGAGGUCGACAAACCACGUGAUGAUCUUUUGCAAGAUACUAGCGAUGUCAACUUGGAUCACUCACAUUUGUCUGCACUAAGCGAUCAGCUGUUCGAGUUAGAGAGUUUGUGGGAUACACUGAGCUUGUGCCUUCUAGAACUGGAACACACGCCAGAUGAUCAUGCCGUCCUGGUUUUGCAGCCCGCUGUUGAGGCAUUCUUCCUUGUUUACUCGCCACAACAGGGAGCGACGGACCGUGAAGUGAGUAAACCACAGAAUUCUGCACCGGAGCCGGAAUCGUCUUCGCGCAAUAACGAAAGUGGUUCGGAGAGCAGCGACACGGUCACUAGUGUAGAAUCAAGCGCCAAAUUGAAUGUGCCCGUUGACCAGCUCAAGUUUAUAAAUUUUGCCGAAAAGCAUCGUACUGUAUUGAAUCAGAUCUUGAGACAAACGACGGCCCACUUAACCGACGGUCCUUUCUCUGUGCUUGUUGAUCAUACCAAAGUGUUGGACUUCGACGUGAAGAGAAAGUACUUUAGGACUGAGUUGGAGCGUUUAGAUCAAGGCCUUAGGAGGGAGGAGACCGCAAUUCACGUACGUCGGAGUCACGUGUUCGAGGACUCGUUCAGAGAGUUGUACAGACGUACCCCUGAGGAAUGGAAGAAUAGAUUUUACAUUGUUUUUGAGGAGGAAGAAGGUCAAGAUGCGGGGGGAUUGUUAAGAGAAUGGUACAUGAUCAUCUCUCGUGACAUUUUCAAUCCAAUGUAUGCACUAUUUACGACUUCACCUGGCGAUCGUGUCACGUACAUGAUCAAUCCAGCUAGUCAUUAUAACCCCAAUCAUUUAUGCUACUUUAAGUUUGUAGGUCGUGUCAUUGCGAAAGCAAUUUAUGAUAAUAAAUUAUUAGAAUGUUACUUUACGCGUUCGUUUUAUAAACACAUAUUGGGCAUACCUGUAAAGUAUACAGAUAUGGAAAGUGAAGACUAUAGCUUUUAUAGGGGAUUAGUUUAUUUGAUGGAGUACCACGUUAAGGAUUUAGAUUACGAUCUAACGUUCAGCACUGAAAUUAACGAGUUUGGUGUUACGGAAACUCGCGAUUUAAUUCCUGACGGUCGAAAUGUUCCUGUAACCGAGGAGAAUAAGAUGGAGUAUGUUAGACUUUCGUGUCAAAUGAAAAUGACUGGCGCUAUUAGGCAACAAUUAAACGCUUUCUUAGAAGGUUUUUACGAUAUAAUUCCUAAACGAUUAAUAUCAAUAUUUAAUGAGCAAGAAUUAGAAUUGCUCAUAUCAGGGUUGCCUAACGUCGAUAUAGAUGAUCUGAAGGCGAACACAGAGUAUCACAAGUACCAAAGUAAUUCAUUGCAGAUUCAGUGGUUCUGGAGGGCGUUACGUUCUUUCGAUCAGGCAGAUAGAGCUAAAUUUCUUCAAUUCGUCACAGGAACAUCAAAAGUUCCAUUGCAAGGUUUUGCUCACUUAGAAGGUAUGAAUGGAGUGCAAAAAUUCCAAGUGCAUCGUGAUGAUCGUUCUACAGACCGUUUGCCUUCAGCUCAUACUUGUUUCAAUCAGCUCGACUUACCUGUCUACGAGACUUCUGAAAAGCUACGCACUUACUUACAAAAAGCCAUUCACGAAUGUUCAGAAGGCUUUGGUUUUGCUUAAGAAAAUUUAUGCGUUAAGACUGAUACAGUGAUAGGUACCCUAGAUAUGUUUUCAAAGACCAAGUAUGACGCUUGGUUUUUUCUUGUUAAUCGAAUAGAUAGUUGGAUUAUCCUAUUUUUUGUGUAUAUAUAUAUAAUUGUACAGGAGGAAUAAUUGACAAAUAUGUAUUAUAAGAAUUUAUCUUAAUUUUUAUAUGCGCUGCAGUAGUUUAUUUAACUGUUGCAUGUGCUUCUGUUCAUUACUUCUAUUUCUUGUAAAAAAUGCGAAGGCACAUGUAUUUUUGUAAAGGGCCGAAUGGCGUCGAAAGUGAUAACUUAAGAUUUAUUUAAUCAUACUCUACGUUUUUGUUUAAAUAAUUUAAAUUCACUUAAUUCUUUGUUCUCUUUUAUUUCAUUCCAAAAAUUCUUCAGCAAGUUUGCACAGGUUACACUUUGUUGUAUUUGUUGCGAACAUAGUUUAAUUGGCAUUUCAUUCAUAGUGCUUGCCUCCUUUAUUUUAAUUAACAUAUAAUUUUUUUGUGAUAACAAAUGGUUUAAUAAAUGUUUCUUAUUUUUCGUG